AUUCCUAAAUACGCGAGAAGAGACAUGGCGUUUCACUUUCCUUCAGAGAAUGAGAGCAAUCUGUGAAAACCUUCUCAAAGAGUCUUAUCUUUCUUAGAAGAAGUGAACUUUUUCUCUACCGUUUCAGCGUCACGACCAGGUCAUUUGCUCGAGAAAAAUGUCGUCGAAAGGGAAAAGAAAAGACGAGGAUGUUCGAGCAUCAGAUGACGAAUCUGAAACCCACGCGCCGGCUAAGAAAGUCGCAAAGCCAACCGACUCCUCCGACGAGUCUGACGACAUAGUCGUCUGCAAUAUAUCUAAGAAUAGGAGAGUCUCUGUGAGGAAUUGGAACGGGCGGAUUUGGAUUGACAUUCGUGAGUUCUAUGUCAAGGACGGAAAAACUUUGCCCGGCAAGAAAGGUAUCUCUCUAAGCGUGGAUCAGUGGAACACUCUUCGAAACCACGCAGGGGAUAUCGAUAAGGCGCUCUCUGAUCUUUCUUAGGUUUAACACAUGUGUAAUCGGUAGUAAAGUCUAGUAGAAGAUGACUACUUAACUGUUUUUUUUUUUUGUGGAUCUGCUUAAAGCCUUUUGACAGAACACCAUGUUCUGCAACUGUAAGCUGCCUCAACUUUAGAUGUUGUAUUAUCGAAUCUUUCUCUCUCUUUUGGUUCAGACAAGCUUCGGUUGGAAGUCAAGUAUAUGCAUUAAGAAUGAUUAUCCUUUA